AUGCAUGGCUCGACGACAGCCUUCAUGCUGUUUUUCUCCGUGCUAUUAACCCUGGCAUCAGUCAGAGCGGCACAUAAUGAGGUCGUUACCGAUGACGCAUGCUUACAGAUAGCCCGUUCAUAUGAAAUUUGGACCAAGAGUGGCGGCCAUGGAGACUUCUCCGACAUCCCAGGACAAACGGCAUAUGACUGUCUGAUGUCCAUGCCCUUUGACUCUGAGCGCGCAGUCAAGUUUUUGAAUGAGUACCUAAAAUAUCUCCAGUUCCAGUCGACUCUCGACUCUCUCAAACAUGCGCCAUCUGGCUACAAGACACCCUCCAUCGAUCUUCUCAAAGGUUUCGACAAGAUUCGACAAAGAGCUGAGAAAAGUAUCUACAAAAGUCAAUACGGAUUCGACAACGACAUCAAGUCCCUUAUCCAUCGAGCAAACGAAGGCCAUCUAGAAAUCAAUCUCUGCUCCCAGCAAAUCUUCCACUUCCAACGCAGCCCUUCCUUGGUAUCCAUCUCAUCAGACGGCCUCGAGUUACCCAAAAUCUACACAUGGAACGACGCAAAGUUGUUGUAUUCCGGAUUCCCCAACACACAAGUAUCCCACCUAGUCGAGAUCAACUCCAUCGACGCCACUUACUUCCUCCAAGCCCACCUCGCCCUCACCUUCCAAUACCACGACCCCGACGCCCGCUACAACCACCUCUUCCCCUCCCCCGUCAACCAAUACACCGGUCUUCUUACAGGAGGCGGCUGGCAAAGUUACCAAGGUCUCUGGCCAGGAGCUGCCCACUACCUCCUCAAAUUCCACAAUGGUACGACAAUGCAGGUUAACACAACCGUCACCUGGCCCGCUACCAACGGACCCAUGAACUACACCGACGGCCAAACGCUCUUCAAAGCCGCUUGUCUACCAGACUACACGCCCUCUCUUUCAAGUUUCUCCCACUCACCCAUUCCACCACCCCCUCGACAGCACCUUCACAAUAAUCCAAAAGACCCCCCUCCAAGCACAGAGGGAAUCUACCCCACGCCCAUCAUCCGCACCCCCCAAAACUCGUUAAGGGGGUAUUACCUCGAUAACGACACAGCAGUCCUACAAAUCCCCACCUUCCAACACACAGCCGGCAUCACCUUUUCCCAAACAGCACAAGACUUCCUCACCCUUGCCGCAGAGCAAGACAACAAAACCAAGUUGAUUUUAGAUCUGAGCGGGAAUCCCGGAGGGGACGUGAUUCCCGGCUUGAAUAUUUUCAAGGUUCUGUUUCCUGACUUGGAAAUCCGGACGGCUACAAGGUUUCGGGCGACUGAGAUAGUGAACCUUGUUGGGAAGGUGUAUAGUGCGGUUUAUAAGGAUACUGAGCUGAGAGAAGAAGAAGUGCCGAUUGAUCCCCCGUUUAUGGCGAGCGUGGCUGUUAGACCGGAUCAGAAGACUAGGUUUACCGGGGGGUGGGAAGAGAUUUUUGGGCCGGAUGAGAUACCCAAAGGGGGCGGGAAUAUGUCGAGAUUACUUGCGCAUUUUGAUCUAGAACUGGCGUCGACGGAGGUGGAUCCGGUGUUUGGGUAUGGGCCUUUUAAGAAAAGCAAGACUGGACGGAGGCCGUUUAAAGCGGAGGAUAUCGUUGUUAUAACAAACGGCGAAUGCGCAUCCACCUGCGCCCUCCUCAUCUCCCUCCUCCGUCGCCAAGGCAAAGUCCGCACCCUCGUCUUCGGCGGUCGUCCCCGACAUGCACCCAUGCAAGCCGUCGGAGGCGUCAAGGGAGGACAGUAUUGGUCUCUCAAAACCAUUUACCGCCAUGUUUCGCGGGCUGUGGAGUUGGCUAUGUCUAAGGGUACCUCUACCUCUACCUCUACCUCUACCUCUACUACAUGUACUAUCCUGACUGAAGAGGAACUGCAAAGACUGAAGAAGUUGGCGCCUGCUGAUCCUGAUCCAAAUCCUGGAGCUGGUUUUGGCACCGGCGAGUUCCCGCUGAGGAUGGGCUGGAAAGGAGAGGGAGGGGUGAAUUUUAGGGAUUUGUAUUACCUUGAUGACGAUGGAGAUGAAGAGAACAGUGAGGAGGAAAUGGGGAAGGAUUUGAGUAUAGGCACGGUUCCGGCGCAGUUUAUUUACGAGCCAGCGGAUUGUAGGCGGUUCUUUACGGUGGAAAUGAUGUUUAGGCCAGCCAGGAUGUGGGAGGUGGCGAGGGAGGUCAUGUUUGGGAGUGGUGAGUGUGUUGAAGGUUCGGAAACUAGCUCUAGGGAUGGAGGGGAGGGGAAGAGGCCAAGUAGGUAG